AUGCCUCCUCCGCUCGCGCGUGGCGCGCUCCUGCGGCGACCAAACGCCUCCUCCUCCUCCAACGCUGGCGUCUGCCGCUCUUGUCGCCGACGGCUGGCCACGACGGCCUCCUCGGCGCCGCCCAGGCCGCCCGCCGCGGGCCUGGCCGAGCUCUCAUCACGACGCGUCCUCGCCGUGGCCGGAGCCGACGCCACCAAAUUCCUACAGGGCAUCGUCACGCAAAACGUUGCCGCCGCCGCACCAGGAAACGGCCGUCAUCAGCAAGCGACGACUACGACGACGACGACGACUACUCCAUCAGAGCCACGGAUCGAAGGAUUCUACGCCGGCUUCCUCAACGCCACGGGCCGCGUCAUGCACGAUACUUUUAUAUACCCUUUUCGCGGCGGCGGCGGUAGCCUCCUCGGCAGCGACGACGGCUUCCUCGUCGAGGCCGACGCCUCGCAGACGGCCCGGCUAGAAAAGUAUAUUAAGCGCUACAAGCUGCGCGCCAAGGUCAGCGUGCGCAGCCUGGCCCCCGACGAAGUAUCCGUCUGGCAGGCCUGGGAUGACAACGGCGGCAUCGACACGCUGAGCCUGCCGUCCGGCGCCGACAGCCGCGUCAUCACGCUGCGCGACCCUCGCGCGCCGGCCAUGGGACACCGCAUUCUGCAGCUCGGCGGCGGCGACGGCGGCGCACCGGACAUUAUCGGUGUGGAGCGCGCUUCUGAGGACGCCUACACUAUCCGCCGGUACCUGCAGGGCGUGCCCGAGGGUCAGGAGGAGUUGCUGCGGGAGCAGGCGCUGCCGCUCGAGAGCAACAUGGAGCACAUGCACGGCGUCGACUUCCACAAGGGCUGCUACGUCGGCCAGGAGCUGACCAUUCGCACCAAGCACCGCGGCGUCGUCCGCAAGCGCAUCCUGCCGUGCAUGGUGUACGACGCGGACCGGCCGGCGCCGCAGACGCUCGCAUACCAGCCCGACAGCGUGGCGUCGGUGGUGGGCGGCGCGGCCGCGGUGCCCGCCGAGACGAGCAUCGGACGGUUUGAAAAGCGCGGACGCAGCGCGGGCAAGUGGCUCAGAGGCGUGGGCAACAUCGGGCUGGGGCUGUGCCGGCUAGAGAUUAUGACGGACGUGGUGUUGCCGGGCGAGCAGGCGGCCGCGACGUACAAGCCGGACGACGAGUUUGUGCUCGAGUGGGGAGGGGAGGAUGAUGUCAAGAGCAGCGUCAAGGUCAAGGCAUUUGUGCCUGACUGGUUGCGCGCCAGCAUGGAAGAGGGACAGAAGAGGUAG